AUUCUUAUUCAUACACGGUGCGCCUCGGCACAACCGUUGGUGCUACCGCGCGAUUUUAUACAAUAAUAUUCCGCGUAAAUCGUAAUCUUAUCGAAAUGUUAACGUCUCGUCAUUAGAGUAUUCCAUCAGUGACACAGAGUGAGGCGUGUAUCGAAAUCGUGCGAACGGUGCUUCCAUCGAGCGCUAUGAAAACACAGGAACAUAGCAGUGUUUUUGUUCUUUUAAUUUCAACGGUUCUUAGUAAUCGGUUUCGAUGCAAGCCUACCUUUGCCAUGUGCGUAAGGUAGUGAAGUGCUGUUAGUUUAUCAGGUAAACUAAUAUGUUAACGUAAGUUGCCUAGUGUUGUGAAGUGGUGAUUAAAAUAGUGUCAAUAUGAAAGUGACGGUGUGUUUUGGUUCUGUUCGAGUGUUGGUACCUUGUGGGGCUGGCGACCUCUUGGUGAGGGACCUCGUACGGGAAGCAACGCUCCGCUACAAGAAAGCCACCGGACAGGGUCCAGAAACAUGGGUAGGUGUGAGAGCCCUGCGCGCCAGCUCCGGCGGGAUCCUCGACCCGGACGACCGCGUGUGCGACGUGGCGGACGACCGGGAGACUCUCACGGCAGAGUGCACCAGCCAGACCCCACAACCUCGCGCGGCGCAAGCUGAUGGUGCCAGCGGUUCCUCCGCGGGCACGGCUUCUCCCGACAUGUUUCGGGGUGGUGGCGGGGUCGGUAGCAGUAUGCGGGUUCCCAACUCAGACUCGUGCGUGGAGGUCGGCGCCUCUGACCUGGAGGAUGGAGCCAACGGUCUCCAAGUGCGAAGAGGAAGUGAACCCACCUUACACCAGGAUAACAUGCCUCCACAAAUACAGGUGUCAGAUGAGACGAAACGCUGGUCGGCGGCGGUGGUGUGUCGGGAAGACAGCAGCGCUGCUCGGGCGGUCGCGCAGGACACGCGGCCGGACAGACUGACAGACAAACACACCGGCUUCCAGCGGCAGAGCAACAGGCUAUCAAUGCAGUUCUCCGGACCCGGAAGUGGCGUAUGGCUGGAGGCUGCAGAACGUGUACAGACAUAUGGCAGCAAGAGUUUACCUCGAGACGCGCGGCGAGAACCCCUCGGAGAGGACACGCCCAGCGAAGAUAGGCUGCAACAUAGAGUUGAAGACAUGCUGCGAUGGGUCUCUGGUGUUAACAAUGUAGCAAAUGUUCAUCAUGUACAAGAAAGACCAUUAGAUUUAAUAUCUGGAGCGCGUGGCGAGCGAGCGAUAUCGAACAUGGAAGUCCCAGUGAGUCCAACGACCAAACAAGUAUCGGGCGCGACGCAGACCGUCUGCGUGUCUUUGGUGAAAGGAGAGAAGGGACUGGGCUUCACUAUCACCACCAGGGAUAAUCCCACCGGAGGGCAUUGCCCUAUUUAUAUUAAGAAUAUUUUACCUAAGGGUGCAGCAGUAACGGACGGUCGGCUGCGCGCCGGAGACAAGAUGGUGUCGGUCAACGGAGUAUCGGUGACGGGACUCAGCCAGCAGCAGGUGGUCACCUUACUGCGGAACACUCCCACGGACUCCACCGUCGACAUCGUGGUGGAGCGCGCCCUGCCCAACAGGACACAGAGAGUAGAACCACAACAAAGUCCGACAAAAUACGCGGAGAAAGCUAUAGGAGAUCCGGUGUCCAAACCAGUAGAGGCUGAAAAACCGACCGAAAACGGCCGGGUUUCGACAAUAGUGAACGCGUUAAACGCUCACAGUACUAACAGUUCGCUCAGAGGCCGAAUAUCAAAGAGUAGCUCUAAGGAUGAUCUGAUAAAGGAUAACUCGUUAGAAAAUGCGCUUCAAGAGGCUUUGAAUUCUUCUACCGGUUCUGUAACUAGUCUUCGCAACCGACUGAUUCUCCGGCUAGAGGUUCCCGUGCACGAGUCGGAGAAGGCGGGUCUCGGCAUCAGCGUCAAGGGGAAGGUUACUGCGUCACACAAACCUCACGACUUAGGCAUCUUUAUCAAAUCCGUGCUGAACGGCGGAGCAGCAUCCAGGGACGGCAGGCUGCACACGAACGACCAGCUGCUGAGUGUGAACGGCGUGUCGCUGGUGGGACAGUCCAACGCUGAAGCCAUGGAAACCCUUCGCCGCGCGUUAUUGCACGCGCGGCCCAACGUACAGGGAACCAUCUCCCUCACCAUCGCCAGGCGAACUGACAGUAUGGAGAGUCUGGCCCGCUGGAAGGAUGAAACCCCACCGAACGGAAACGACACAACACACUCUAACGACAACUCACACAACUACACCGUCAUACACAACCCGCUCGACAGCCUUAACAAUAACAACAAACACAACAGCAAAGAGAACAGCGAACACAAAGACAAACACACCUCCAUCGUCACCAUAAACAACAACAACAGUUGGGUCUCCAACCAAUCAGACGACAGCAAGGGGUAUUUAGAAAGAGACAAAGAUACGAUACCGCACGAUAGUAAGCGGGAUAGUUUCGAAUGGAGUCGUUUGGAUGGAUGGAAUCCUGUGAUAGACAGACUGACGGGUCUGAGGAAUGAGAGCUACUAUAUGGCGACGCAACCAGAGCCGAAUGGACACUUGAGACACAACCUGGGGCACGUCCAUAUGUCACGCUCGCCGCCUGCGCAUCAUAACGUCAUUAUCGAAGAAGAUUACGCAACUACACGGGGCAGCAACGGUGGUGAGUCGGGCAGCGAUAGUGGAGGCGCGGGCUUCAGCCGGGACGCCGUGGGGCGCCGCUCCAUGUCGGAGAAGCGUCACGCCGCCAUGGACGCGAAGUCAACCGGCACCUACAAGAAGAUUAAGGAAAUCAAGGCCGCUCAUUCAUUGCAAGUGGGUCCGGCGCUGGGAAUGCGCAAGUCGUCUAGUCUUGAAUCUCUGCAGACCGCCAUACAUGAGACGCAGCGGAUCCCGCGCAACGAGCCGAUAUAUGCGCGUGCGCACCCACCCCUCAAGCAUUGGCUGACAGAUGACAACGCGGCGCCGGACAUCGUGCGCGGCUCCCCGCAGCAGUCCUCGCUCUCACACAAGAAGCCCUCCCUGCUGAAGUCCCUCUCCACUAUGUUCAGGAUUGGCAAGCCUCACAAGAAGAUGGAGACGGAAGGGUACAUGCGAUCGACUCCCGGCCGCUGCUCUGAGAAGUCCAUAUCAAGGGACGCGCUAGAGCGGCACAACAGAAUCGACGACACAGACGAAAAUACUCGACACAGGGAGGAGUUGCGUACAAGACAGAGCAGCGAAAGAAGUAUUCGAUCGGAACGCAGAACUAAUGGCCCAGCCAUACAGGCAAUGGAGAGCGCCUGGGGACCAAGCGGCCAUUACGUUAACUAUGAAGAAAUACAGCAAAAUUUAAAUUUGCGUCGUGAGAAGCUGAGUGAAGUUCAGAUCGGGCAAAUGAGGCGGCAGGUGCACGCACAGAGAGCCAAGGCUGAAGACGAAAGUCGUCGUGGGGUCAGCGGGUACCACUCGCAGCGCUCCUGCAGAGACGCUCCGAGACCGCAGUCCAACUACUACGAGUACGAGACAACGGCAGUACAACCCGUGCGCCGACCGCCCAAACUGUCACACUACCAUUGACGGUAACUAGUCUGUAGGCAUCGCUGCAGUUUUUCGAGUAAUAAGACUAGCUAUCGUUGUUAACGCCAACAGUUCUCAAUUGUAUUUCAGAAGAAUAAUUAUAUUAGCUUUAUUAGUCAGUUUUGUAAAGAAUUGUUAAUUUUAAUUCAAUAUUAUUAUGGUAAACAUCGAUGUGAAAUUCAAUCGCAUUAUAAUAUUUGUUGAUAAUUUUUCCCGUUUUUGAGAAUAGAAUUUGUAUGCAAAAUGUAGUUGUUGUACCACUUAACAUAAAUAAAACCAAAAAAAAAUUUAUAAUAAACUAUAUUUUAUGUACGUACUUAAAAUUUAAAUUUUUACUCCGGUCCACGUUUACUGAAAUGAUGGACACCAUAGUUAUUAUACCUCGCACCGAGUAUGUCGUCGUUUUGCAUCGAUCGUUAGUAAUUAUUGUGACUUUCCUUCGAAUGUCAAGGUUAGCAUCAUUACUAGCUUUAACAACUGCAGUUCAUAACAUCAUAUAAAAUAGCAUCAAAACGGCAAUAAAUUUUAUAGUAGACAUGUGUAAAAUCGCACGGCAAUUUAGUAUUUCCUGUUCGGUUACCCGUAUAUUUACGGUAACUGUAAUAUCAGAAUAAUUAUUAUGGAAAUUUUUCUGACCACGUCAACUUGUGAACCCCUAUUCUUUUAACGUUAAAAUUACACGAAGUAAACACCUAUAAGUAUUAUAAUUAUGUAUUUAAUAGGAAAUAUUAUAGAUAAGUACAUAAUUUGGAAUUGAUUUAGCGAUUAAAUAAUAUUGUUAUCGAUGACAAAAAAUAAGCAAAAAUGCUCGUGGAUGCUAUUAAUAAAAUCGGAAUAUUUGCGACACGUAAUUAUGAAAAUACCCGCAAAAACUAAUGAUAUUUUAGAUUAUAGAUAAUUUUAAAGUUAGCCGUCGGUUUUUUAUGAGUGUGAACACAUUCCUAAAUAGAUUUGGUAAGGAAUCAUUAAUCAAAGAAGCUUUAAAGCGUAGUUUAGUAAUGUAAUAUAAUAUUGUGUACUUUUAGAUUUGUUUUAAGUAUUUUUUGCUAAAUUCGACUGAUGCGGUAUCAAUCAUUUAUUUUUAAAUUAAUGAAAUACAGGAUUAGAUUAUCUUACAAUAAUGACACAUAAAGAAAAUAACGCCGAAAAUAAAACUUAAUAAAAAUGUCUUUGUUAUAAUUUUACUUAAAUACUAAACAUUAUUUGGUAUGGUAAAGACAUUUAAGGUAAUGGAUUCGUAACUUGCAGAAAUAUUAAAUAUAUAACAGUGUGUGUUAUUAUUCUACGGUAAUAAAAGUCUUUGAUAAUUUAAACGUCUAGAUAAAUGCCUCUUGCUGUUAGACAACGCAUGAAAACAGGCCAGGUUUAUUACUUAAGUCUUACGUGCGUGCGUAUAAAAUAUAGGUUAAUAGCUAGCCGUAAUUUUUUCGUCGUUGUCACAGCUGUCUAUCAAGACGUAUAAAUAUUUGAGAUAUAUGUAUACAAAAUAAUUAAUCCGCUCUUGUUUUAUGGAGAUACUAAAACAUAUUCCGUCAUAUUUGUGAUAUUACUAUAAGUACUACUACUUAUAUCUAAGUCUUGUUGCCUUGGCAGUAGAAACUACUUAACAUGAUCAGUGAAUAUUUAUCUAAAGAUUAACAUAUUUUUUCCUUAAAAGUAUUAGAAUAGUUCUCUCGUUGCACUGAGGCCUUGAAAAUAUUUCUUAGAUUAAAUAUUAUUACAAUUUUUUUACAUUCAUUUUGUAAAUAUUAUUAGCUAUGUGACAUAUAUUGUAAUGGUUAUUUUAAAAUGAACAAUUAUUAGAUAUUGUUAGAUUUAGGAAAAUGUUCAAUAUUAGUUUUGCAUAUACCUAAGUGCCCAUAUUGUACAUACAACGUGUUUUAACGUGCAAACAAAUUUGAUAAUAUUAAUUUUAUUUCUUACUCAUUUAUUUAUACAUUUUAUGUAUAAAUAAAUAUUUAUUUUGUUAUAUGAAAUGCGAUCGGCCAUGUGUACCUUAAUAAACAAGAACACAAAUUAAA